GUUAAUUGAAGUAGUGUCAGUAAAAUGUAGCGGAUAUUUAAUGUAAUAAACGUGUUUAGAUGAAUAGCAACGGUUUUCUAGAGAUUACUUCGUUUUAUGUAAAAAAUAGUUAAAAUGGCGACGCAGGAUGAGAGAGAAUCUUUUCUCCACGGAGAAACAGGUGCAGAGAUGCUGAAGGGCAGAGAGGAAAAGAUGGAGAGCACCAAAAAGAGCGAGUCGAACCUUGUUCUCUAUCACUGGACGCAGUCAUUCAGUUCGCAGAAGGUGAGGCUGGCCAUAGCCGAGAAGGGUUUACGGUGUAAAGAGUUUGACGUGAGCUUGCCUCUGAGUGAACACAAUGAACCAUGGUUCAUGCGUCUGAAUCCGGCCGGUGAGGUUCCUGUUCUGGUACACGAUGGUCACGUCGUCUGUGACCCAGCACAGAUCAUGGACUACUUAGAGGAAACUUUCGACAAUGAGAACACUCCCAAGCUGAUUCCAGAGACAGGGAGUACAUAUUAUCACCGAGUUCAGCAUUACCGGGAGCUGCUGGACUCACUGCCCAUGGAUGCUUACACACAUGGCUGCAUUCUGCAUCCUGAGCUCACUGUGGACUCUCACAUCCCGGCGUACGCCAACACACGCAUCCGCGCGCAGAUCGGCAAUACGGAAUCUGAGUUGAAGAAACUGGCGGAAGAAAACCCUGAGCUCAAAGAUGCUUAUAUCUCAAAGCAGAGACGUCUGAAAACAAAGCUUUUUGAUCACGACAAUGUGAAAUAUCUGAAGAAGAUCCUUGACGAGCUGGAGAAGGUGAUGGAUCAGGUGGAGACUGAGCUGCAGAGGAGAGCCGAGGAGACACCAGUUCACCUCUCACUUUCCAUAGAGGAAGGAACCCAGCAGUCGUGGUUGUGCGGCGAGUUUUUCAGCAUUGCUGACGUUUCACUCGCCGUCACGCUCCACCGGCUUAAGUUCCUCGGCCUAUCGCGCCGUUACUGGGGCAACGGAACGCGCAUCAAUCUGGAAUCCUACUACGAGCGGGUCCUGGAGCGCCCUACGUUCCGCAGGGUCCUCGGAAACGUCAACAACAUCCUCAUAUCCGCCGUGUUGCCAGCCGCUUUCAGAGUGGCCAGGAAAAGAGUGCCCAGCUUCAUCGGCACUACAAUGCUAAUCGGAUUAUUGGGAGGCGCGACGUAUUUUGCGUUUCUCUAUUUUAAAAAACGACUGCUCGUGUACUAAAGUAGCCAGUCAUGGCUUCCUCGGUUAUGUUUUUAUUUCGCCAACCCUAUGCAUAUACUGUAUAGUGUAAGUCCAGGAUUCUAAAAGAGACGAGUUAAGGGUGAACGUACAGCAAAUUAUCAUGUGUGAAUUUAUUAAUUAAUAAAGAAUUAAUUAUAUGCAUGGA